UGACCGGAAGGGGUCGUAGGUUGUAGGAAGUGGGGAAUUUUGUUAUUGUCGGUGUGUCAUGGAGAAGCCGCCAGUCCAGCAGGGGAUGGUUUGCGGGCCUUGGGAUUUGAAGGACCGGCUGGGCACAGGGGGCUUUGGCAAUGUGUGUCUUUUUCAAAACCGGGAAACAGGGGAGAUGAAAGCUAUCAAGUCAUGCAGACUGGAGCUCAGUGUAAAGAACAAAGAACGAUGGUGCCAAGAAAUUCAAAUAAUGAAAAGACUAGAUCAUCCAAAUGUUGUGAAAGCCUGUGACGUACCCCCUGAAAUGGACUUCCUUGUGAACGACGUUCCUCAUUUAGCGAUGGAGUACUGUUCUGGUGGAGAUCUACGUAAGCUUCUGAACAAGCCAGAAAACUGCUGUGGACUGAAAGAAAGCCAAGUUCUCAAUUUGAUGAGUGAUAUAGGUGCUGGGAUACAAUAUCUACACGAAAAUCGUAUCAUUCACAGGGACCUAAAGCCAGAGAAUAUAGUUUUACAAGAAUGUAAUGGGAAGACAGUCCACAAAAUUAUUGACUUAGGAUAUGCUAAAGAUCUGGAUCAGGGGAGCCUUUGUACUUCAUUUGUAGGGACCCUACAGUAUCUGGCCCCAGAACUCUUUGAGAAUAAGCCAUAUACCGUGACUGUGGAUUACUGGAGUUUGGGCACAAUGGUUUUUGAGUGCAUUGCAGGCUUCAGGCCUUUUCUUCACAACAUGCAACCGUUUACCUGGCAUGAGAAAAUCAAGAAGAAGGAUUCCAAACAUAUCUUUGCCUAUGAAGAGCUGUCUGGAGAUAUUGUUUUUAGCACGCACAUUCCACAGCCCAACAACUUGCGCAGUAUCAUCAAUGAGCAAUUAGAAACUUGGUUGCAAUUGGUUUUAAACUGGGAUCCUCAGCAACGAGGAGGAGGGAUUGAUUCCUACACUAAUCGGCCAAAUUGUUUUGUUUUGAUGGAUGAAAUCCUAAAUAUGAAGAUCGUGCACAUUCUGAACAUGUCAUCAGCGAAGAUCUUGUCCUUCCCUUUGCAACAUGAUGAAAGUCUGCUCUCCCUCCAGUGUCGAAUAGAAGCUCAGACUGGAAUCCGCAACUGCAACCAAGAACUGCUACUUGAAAUGGGAUUGUCUCUUGAUCCCCGAAAACCUGCCUCUCAGUGUGUCAUUGAGGGCGUGAGAGGAUGGGACAGCUACAUGGUCUAUUUAUUUGAUAAAAGCAAAACUGUUUAUGAUGGUCCAUUUGAGCCACGAAGCCUAUCAGAAUGUCUCAAUUACAUUGUACAGGACAGCAGAAUCCAGCUUCCCAUUCCUCAGCUGCGCAAGGUAUGGGCAGAGGCUGUCCAUUAUGUGUCUGGUCUAAAGGAAGACUAUAGUCGUCUCUUCCAGGGUCAGAGAGCUGCUAUGCUGAGCCUUUUACGCUACAAUACCAACCUCACAAAGGUGAAGAACACUAUGGUAUCUGCUUCUCAGCAGCUCGAAGCAAAGUUGCAAUUCUUCAAAAAGAGCAUUGAGAUAGACCUGGAACGUUACAGUGACCAAAUGGCCUACGGAAUCUCUUCAGAAAAGAUGCUUAGAGCCUGGAAGGAGAUGGAAGACAGAGCUGUCAUUUGUGGAAAGGCUGGGGAUAUUUAUUUCUUGGAUGAGCACAUAAUGAAGCUUCACACUGAGAUAGUAGAGCUACAGAGAAGUCCGUAUGCUCGUAGACAAGGAGACGCAAUGGAGCAUCUAGAGCAGAAGGCAAUAGAAUUAUACAAACAGCUGAAGCCACGCUCACCAGAUAAUGCAUACAGUGACAGUACAGAAAUGGUGAUGACCAUAGCACACACUGUGCAAGGCCAGGACAGAGUUCUGAAGGAGCUCUUUGGACAUUUAAGUAGGUUGUUGGGCUGCAAACAGAAGAUCAUUGACCUGCUUCCACAGAUUGAGAUAACUAUAAACAGAAUUAAGGAGGGAGAUAAUUUCCUUAUGCAGAUGCAGGCCAAACGGCAGCGAGAGAUUUGGCACCUGUUAAAAAUCGCAUGUACCCAGAGUUCUGCCCGCUCAUCAGGACCUGCUAGUUGGGAACCAAACACACCUCGCACACCAGGCUGGCAAGACCAAAGCUCACCACAAACUUUAACUUCGCUGUUAAUGACCAAAGAGAAGAACAGGGAAACAUUCAGUCGUGCUAUAGAUGACAAUCUGACCUACCAGAAACAGCUGAGCACUUUAUUUACUGAGACCUCAAUGAAGCAGCAGAAUAGUAUGAUGAGCUUGGACUGGAGUUGGUUAAAUUCGUGAGAAGGUUAAAGGAAGCAGGCGGAUGGGCCAGUACCAACUCUGUUUGUUGGAGGAAUGGGCAGUGCACGGUAUCAGAGGGAUAUCAUGGAGCAGUUCUCAGCCUUUUAGAGUUUUCUCUUCUUCCCACCUGCUUAUAACGUGAAAUGUAAAUUCCAUGUUGCAUAGCAGCAGAAACACAUGCUUUUGAGUUCUACAGCUCAGAAUAGGUGUAGUUACAUUGUAACUCUAUACACGUUAUGUUCUUCCAACCCUACAACUCUGUGUAGUUGACUAAUCACCUAUACUGGGCUAGGCUGUUUUCAAUAAGAUGAGGCAAAUGCACUUUGAUACUUUAACGUUUUAGUUUAUGUAGCCCAAUAAAAAAAUGUUGUUCUGAACGUGAAGUCAGGGAUCGUUACUACUGUAGAUCUUUUCUUGCAAAGACUAUGUUCAGCUAACCCAAAAAAACAGUAUUUCCUCUGAGAGGAAGCAGGAACCGAACAGGAAAUUUUCCUUUAUUUUAAUCCAAACAUACCAUAGCACUGUAAAAUAGAAGUGUUCACCAUUUGUCUGUGUUUUAUAAACUAAACAUUGGUUUUAUGGAGAUGCUCACAUAGAAAUUCAUAUAUAUAUUCAUUUACACUCCAAAUAGCUCUCUAUACCACAACACAACACUGAAAUCGUAUGAUUGUAACAUAGCUGUACAACUCUUUGCAGUGUUUGUUUUGCCAUCAAUACUGUCAAUUAUCUCAAUAAGUUGUACAGUUUUUAAUGCCUCUAUUCCUUCUCUAGUUUUAGAUGUCUGUGUACAUUAUAAAUGUAUAGCUGCUAUCUUAAAAUGUUUUUAAUUUCAUUUUUAAUUGAAGCCUUACUUAAUACAAUACAGACUUCCGUGUAGUUAAAGGAUUCUAUUUUUCAACUGUUGUACAGAAAAUUAUUGUGAUAAUUUAAAUAAAAAAAUCUCAUAUUUC